UGAAUAAAUGAGUUGAUUCUUCAUAUCUGUGUCAGUUGCCUUGUUGAAGUGGAAACUAACGCCUCAAGUUAUGUUUUUCUGUCUCAUGUCAAUGGAAUAUUCGAGUUUAUAGCGACAAAUUUAGGACUGCUAAAGGAUUUUCGUACACUGCUGCUAACCAAAAAAACCGCGGCGCUUUCCCACUUCGCUUGCUUUUUCAUCGCUCAUUUCAUCACUCAGCAGCGACCGCGGUGAGGCCGCCCUUGUGGAAACCAGGCCUUCAUGGUUAUAUCAAACGGGUUACUUACGUAAACGUGGAACAUUCUUCGAAGAUUGUACAUUACCAAUACCCUCCAUUAAAGAGGUUGUUAUCCACUCACAGACCGGAUUCACGCCGUCAGAAUCUUGACCAGCACCGCAAACAGAAAUUGCCAGAAUGGCUUUCAAUGGAGUGAGGAUACCUCUUCUCCUUUUACUUGGGGUGUCGUCUUUGAAGGCUGUGGUGGCGCUUACAGAUAUGGCAGGCCAACCAACUAAGGAAGAUGAGCUUCUAGCCGAUCUUCUUGACGGCUACAACCCGAAUGCCAAACCCGUCGACACUGCAAAUCAGCGCAUGCAAAUCACAACAUCAUUUUCGCUGAUUACCAUUUUAUCAGUGGAUGAUCGUACACAAACUGUGAGCUUCACUGGAAUGCUGACCAUGAUGUGGAUGGACUCUCAUCUAAAAUGGAACCCGGCAAAGUAUGGUAAUGUUACGGAAGUGCAACUCCCUUGCAAGUCUGUCUGGCGGCCCGAUACUGGAUUGCUCAACACGUAA